GGGAGGCGGCGGGGGGCAGCGGGGCCUCGGCCGGCGCGGGCGGGCGGGCGGAGCGGCCGGAGCCGCGGCCGGAGCCAUGCCGGGCUUCGACUACAAGUUCCUGGAGAAGCCGAAGCGGCGGCUGCUCUGCCCGCUGUGCGCCAAGGCCAUGCGGGAGCCGGUGCGCGUCUCCACCUGCGGCCACCGCUUCUGCGACACCUGCCUCCAGGAGUUCCUCAGCGAAGGUGUUUUCAAGUGUCCAGAGGAUCAGCUGCCCCUGGACUAUGCCAAGAUUUAUCCGGACCCCGAACUGGAGGCCCAGGUGCUGAGUCUGACCAUCAGGUGCAUCCACAGUGAGGAGGGCUGUCGCUGGAGUGGAACCAUCCGCCAUUUACAGGCACACCUCGGGACCUGCAGCUUCAAUGUGGUGCCCUGCCCGAACCGCUGUGGGGCCAAGCUGAGCCGCCGCGACCUGCCCCCCCACCUGCAGCACGACUGUCCCCAGAGGCACCUGCAGUGCGAGUUCUGCCGAGCCGACUUCACGGGGGAAGCCUUUGAGAACCACCAGGGGGUCUGUCCGCAGGAGAGUGUGUACUGUGAAAACAAGUGUGGGGCACGCAUGAUGCGCCGGCUGCUGUCCCAGCACAUGCUCGCCGAGUGUCCCAAGCGCACGCAGCCCUGCAGCUACUGUGCCAAGGAGUUCCUCUACGACACCAUCCAGAAUCACGAGUACCAGUGCCCCCGGUACCCCGUGCCCUGUCCGAACCAGUGCGGUGUGCCCAAUAUUGCCCGGGAGGAUCUGAGUGGGCACCUGAAGGACAACUGCUCCACCGCCCUGGCCCUCUGCCCCUUCAAGGAGGCCGGCUGCAAGCACCGGUGCCCCAAGCUGUCCCUGAGCCGCCACCUGGACGAGAGCACCAAGCUGCACCUGGGCCUGAUGUGUGCCCUGGUGGCCCGGCAGCGCCAGGAGCUGGCUGAGCUGCGCCGCGAGGUGGAGGAGCUGGCCGUGGGCAGCGACGGCGUGCUGAUCUGGAAGAUUGCUGACUACGCCCGGAAGCUGCAGGAGGCCCGGCUGCGCAGCAAUUACGAGUCCUUCAGCCCACCUUUCUACACGCACCGGUACGGCUACCGGCUGCAAGUGUCGGCCUUCCUCAACGGCAAUGGGAGCGGGGAGGGCACCCACCUCUCGGUCUACAUCCGGGUCCUCCCCGGGCAGUUCGACAACCUGCUGGAGUGGCCCUUUGCCCACCGUGUCACCUUCUCGCUGCUCGACCAGAGCGACCCCUCCCUCUCCAAGCCACAGCACAUCACGGAGACCUUCCUCCCGGACCCCAACUGGAAGAACUUCCAGAAGCCCGGCUCGGGGCGCACCUCCCUGGACGAGAGCCUGCUGGGCUUCGGGUACCCCAAGUUCGUCUCGCAUGAGGACAUCAAGAAGCGCAACUACGUGAGGGACAACGCCGUCUUCAUCAAGGCCUCGGUGGAGAUCCCCCCCAAGAUCAUUUCUUGAGGGACUGCAGACCGAGGGGCGGGGGCGGGGGGGUGAAUGCCGCCCAGCCCCCCACCUCGGAGUACCGGUUCUGCUCUUGGUAACGCUUUCCUCCCACCCACCUCUCUGUCCAAGCACUGCUCUGGACUGACCCCCCCACCCCCCGCUUGAAAUGGUGCUAAUUGCUGCAGGCUCGGGCAGGAGUCCAGCCUGGCUUGGGGUCCCUCUCUUCCCUGGAGCAGCUGGGCUGUCUCGGUGCCCCCGUGUUCUCCCCAAGCACCCCUUUGGGUCUGCAAACGCCAGCCGUGCGCUGGGCAGCUUCAGGAAGCCUUGCUGGGCAACGAGUGCACAGACUGGUUCAGAGCCUUCCAGAUGGUGAGGGGGGCUUUUUCAGGGGUGCCACUGGGGUCCUUGGGCCCCCUUUCUGUGGAGCAGCUGGACCACAAGGGGUCCGACCCCUCGGCAGCUGGCACCUCAGCUCUUCCUCAGGACUCCCAUCCCAGGACCCUGGACUCGGCCCCGUUUAGAGACCGGCGGGGGGCAGAGGCUGCCCCGCCCGGCACCCAAGAGCCAUAUUAUCGCCGGUGGGCCCUUUCGCGAGGGAGUUUGCCCACCAGGCCACAGGGAGUAGCCGCAGUCACUACUCCCUCCUCCCUCCCCCCUCCCUUUUUGGAGUUGCUUUUUCUCUCUCUUUUUAAUAAACGGUUCCUUGUAUUUAUUAACGGGGCUUGA